AUGUACGAGGAAAUCAUCUACGGACCAGAGGACGCGGUACCCUUAGCCUCUAAUAACCAUGAAGCAAUCGUGAUAGAAGUUAUCACGUGCAACUACAAGGUAAAGAAGGUGUACAUCGACAAUGGGAGUGCCAUCGAUGUGCUGUAUUACAAAACCUUCAAGGAAUUGCAGUUGGAAGACAAGCAGCUCAUCCCAGUUCAGACUCCCUUGAUAGGUUUUGCAGGUCCGCCGGUUAGACCAGAGGGAAUGAUAACCCUCAUGGUCACGGUAGGGGAGUCACCGAAGUGCCGAACUGUCCCGGUGAAUUUCGCGGUAGUAAAGGAGCUGUCUUCCUACAAUAUGAUACUAGGGCGACCAACCCUCAACGCUCUCCGAGCUGUCUGCUCGACCCUACACCUUAGCAUGAAGUUCCUGACGCCUGAUGGGGUGGCCGAGGUGCUGGGGGACCCGGAGGUAGCUCGGGCCUGUUACAUUGCAACCCUCAAAGGUAAGGAGAAGCUGGUGGCCCAAACGACCUGUCUGGAGCCCUGGGAGCCUGCUGAAAAAGAGGAAAGGUUGGAGACGGAUGAGAGUCUGGUCGAAUUGCCCAUCUGUCCCGAGCGACCUGAUCGCGUGGUAAAAGCCGGAGCUGGCCUGAGCGAGCUGACACGGAGAGCUCUGGAGUCCCUGCUGGAGGAAUAUGCCGAGAUCUUUGCGUGGAGUGCUGAUGACAUGCCUGGAGUCCCUCCCGAGCUGGCAGUUCACAAGUUGCACGUUGACCCAAACAUCCGGCCAGUGAAGCAAAAGAAGAGGAACUUCGCUCCCGAGCGCAACGAGGUCGUCAAGGAAGAGGUAGGCAAGCUGUUGGAGGCCAAAAUUGUGAAGGAGAUCUACUACCCGACCUGGCUGGCCAACCCUGUGCUGGUCAAAAAAGAGGACAGGGCCUGGAGGAUGUGUGUGGAGUUCACCGACCUGAAUAAGGCUUGUCCGAAGGAUUGUUACCCUCUCCCUCGCAUCGACCAGCUGGUCGACUCAACAAUUGGGUACGAGAUCUUCUGCUUUCUGGAUGCCUUCAAAGGGUAUCACCAGAUAGCUCUGGACGAGGAGGACCAAGAGAAGACUGCUUUCAUCACCGAAUACGGUACGUAUUGUUAUACCACCAUGCCAUUUGGUUUGAAAAAUGCAGGCGCGACCUAUCAGCGGCUGGUCAACAAGUUGUUUAAAAACCAGAUCGGCUGA